AUGGACACCGUCGUCAAGGCUGCGACCGGCGUGUACGUCAAGAGCUUCAUGGCGGAGUUCCUGCAGGCGCGGCUGGCCGCAUCCCUCGCCGCGAGCCCGAUAGUGACGGCCUCGCCUCCUGCGCAGUUCUUCACCAUCAUCCUCGCCUGGAUCACCGGCAUCCUCGGCAUCGUAACGCUCAUCUACGGCGUGGGAGCGCAGGUCGUCGCGCUCGGCGCUCCUGCCGCGGCGGUCGUUGCGGGAGGGGCUAUGGCCUCCGCGGUGAACGACAUUGCAUCGAACCCGAUCGGCAUGCCUCGCGGCUCGUGCUCUCCACCGGCAGGAAUGUCUCCUGACACCCUCGUCGGCACGACGGGGAGCCUGCUCGGCGCCUCGGGCGACUCUGCGGCCACCCAGCUGCAGGCGGACCUCCAGGCCAACGGCGUCGAGCUGCCGACAGACAUCGGGGGCAGCAUGAUGAACACAACCACCCGGGCGCCCCACCCUGACGGGAUGAUCAUGGAGAGCCCGGGCACACGGGCAGCCGCGGCCCUCGGGGUUCGCGAGGAGAGGGGAACCUAA